AUGACCUAUCCUUUAGCCGUGCUUGCCGGGUUGUCAAGCCGGUUUGAGGGGGUAGUAACGGUGUUGACAACCACCAAGAAAGACCCGGUGAAAGAGCUUCUUCCGACGAUGCAAGUUUUUGAGCAAGGGCAUGGGCUUCUUGGGGAGCAAGAUAGCGGGGCCUCGAGCUCGGCAACGGCGGUGGCCUACGUGGCCAAGGGUGGCAACUUCGCCGGUAAGGGCAAGGGUGGUCCGGGAAAGGCUUUCAUGGUUUCCCACAGGUGUGGAAAGUUGGGGCACUUUGCAAACGAGUGCCGGUCCGGGGCUUGGGAGCCCGAGAAGCCCAAGACGGGGAAGAAGUGCUACACUUGCCGUAGGUCGGACCAAUUGAAAAAGGAUUGCCCAAAGAAGGAAGAAAUUGGGGGCCGGCAAGGGAUUGCCUUUGUAGCCGAAGAAGGGGCGGAGAACGGAAGGUGGAUUGUUGACUCCGGGGCUAGCCAACACAUGAAUGGGGACAAGGUGUCCGAGAACCUCUUUUCGGUGAAAAAAGCAACCGCGUUAGGAGCGGAGGUUGUGUUUCGCGGGAAGGUGUGCGAGGUUUUCAUGGAUGGAGAGGUUGUGUUUCAAGCGGAGGAGAAUGCGGAGGGCAUCUCCAUGGGGUGCCAACCGAAGCCCACGUGGGAGGACACGUGCUUGCUCGUGAGGGAAGCCGAGAGCCCGGUGUUGUGGCACCGGAGGUUGGGGCACGCCGGGUACGAAAACCUAUCCAAGAUGGUUGAGGGGGGCUCGGUCCGAGGUGUGGGAGUCAAAGCGGAGGCAUUCCGGAAGAAGAGAACCUCGCUGUGCGCGCCUUGCAUCAUUGGAAAGCAAACCCGUGAGCCCUUCCACACGGAGUCGGACUCCAAGGCCAGCAAAGAACCCCUCGAGCUCGUGCACAUGGACGUGUGCGGGCCGAUGCCGGUGACAUCAAAGGGGGGGAGAAGGUACUUGGCCACUUUUUUAGACGACUAUAGCAAGCUUUUGGUGGUGCAACCGCUGAAGCGGAAGAGCGACGUUACGGCGGUCACGGAGAGCGUGUUUGCCCGCUUGGAGUUGCAAUCCGGGAAGAAGGUCAAGGGGGUGGAAACUGACCGGGGCGGGGAGUAUGUCAACGAGGGGAUGACGUCGCUCCUCGGGAAGAGAGGGACGGUGCACCGGACCUCGGCGGGGCACUCUCCCGAACAAAACGGUUCGGCGGAGUGGUUGAACCGGACGCUCGAGGAAAGAGCACAGGAUUUGCCAGAGGACGCCGGGUUGGGGCCGGAGUUGUGGGCGGAGGCGACGGUGACGGCCAACUACACCCGGAACCGGGUUCCAUCGAGCGUGCACGGCAAGACCCCCCCAACUCCAGCUCGUACCAAUUUCCGCGAGCGGGAUGGAAGGGUGUUGACUUCUCGCGACGUCAUCGUGGAUGAGCGUGGGCCCUCCAAGAUCUUUGAGCUUGGCCCCGAUCCGGGGAAGGAGGAGGGGCGUGCUCGCGGCCCGAGUCGUGUUAACCCCCCGACUCGGAUGGGUGUAGAGGCUACCCUUACGAAGGAAGCCGACACUCAGCCCGGUGUAGGGGCUACUCCUACGGGGGAGGCCGACACCGGGAGCGAGGAUUCCGUUGAAGGGGACGGCGCUCAAGAGGAGGCGGCGAGGAGAUACCCCGCACGCAAAAGGGGGGCGCCCGGAGAAUGGUUUUGA